GCCUGUCUUCCUGACGUGGUUGCAGGCAUCUUCAACCGUGGCGGCAUACGUGCAUGGAGGUGGCCGCCGGUGGACGUCGUUUUUUGUCUACGAGGGACGUGAUGGACGGCUGCGAUGGCGAUGGACCUGCUGUGCUGUCGACAGCAGAGAAGACAGCAGUCGCGACGGCUACGGUUGCCGUUGUCCGUCGUUUUCAUAUCGAGAGUGCGGUCGAGCGCAUGAAGGCAACGCUUUCGAGGCGGCGGGAGAGGCUACUGCUGCAAAGGGUGUUGGACGCCCCGGACUGCAUCACCACAUCCCAAGCCGUGGUUCAGCUGUGUGCUGCUAUCGGGUGCGGUUUGCUUCCUCGGGCUACGCCACAGGACUACUUUCGGGAAAAGCUCCGCAUGUCGAGGAGAGUGUUCAUGGAGAUCAGCGAAGCAUGUGCGCCUCAUGUGCAGGGGCAGGUGACGUUUUACAGGGAGCCACUACAGUCGGAGCAGAUCGUCGCAUACGCACUGUAUAGGUGGGCCACAGGGGAGUCUUACGAUAACAGCACAUCAUCCUUCGGCAUGGGCAGGACUUCCAGAGUUCGAUCCGUACGCGAUGUGACAACCGCCAUUUUGAGGGUGUACGGGGAGAAGAUAUCGUGUCCGACGGGGGUGCGGAAACAAGUCGUCCUACGGGCUUUUCUGGACAAGGGCUUUCCAAAUCGCCAUGGCGUAGUUGACUGCACACACAUCUACGUGGACAAACCGGCGAACGUGCCUAGCAAGAACUACUUCGACCGCAAGCACCGUUUUUCCGUCAUUGCGCAGGUUGUGGUGGACCUGGAUCUGCGCGUCCUUGAUGUAUUCGUGGGAUAUCCGGGUAGCUGCCACGACAUUAGGGUGAUCCAGCUGUCAAGUCUGUCGAGGCGCGCGGAAGAGGGAUUACUGUUUCGUGGGCCGCCUGUGACGCUGCCGGGAGGGGUGACGACGAACGGAUACAUUUUGGGCGACAACGGGUAUCCUCCUUCUGAGUGGGUGGUGGUGCCGUACGGAGGAAUCAAUCAGCACCCGGACGAGGAAAGGUUCGACACGAAACAGAAGGUCGCAAGAGGGGCCGUGGAGAGGGCGUUCGGGAGGUUGAAAGGCAUGUGGAGGCUCUUCCUGCGGACGCACAAGACGGACCUCGAGAGUCUGCCGCAGCAGUUCACGGCGGUAUGCGUUCUCCACAACAUCCUGCUCGAUGCAGGAAUCGAGUUCGACGAGAAUUUGUUGUGGGAGGUCGACGCGAACGGGGUGAGGCGGCGAGUGGACCUGGGGAUUCAUCGCCCCCUGCAGCCAGUGUCCAUGUUGAGUUCGACGCGCGAGGCUCAUGCGCUCCGCAAUGCACUGGUGCAGGGGUUUGUCAUAGACGGGAGUCGUAGUCGAGGGCUGGCACGAAGAGGUUCGUGAGCCCGCUGUUUCGCAUGCGCUUCACGCGCCUUUUUUUUUGAGAACUUUCGAACGUUGCAUUUUUUUGAUGAUGUUUGGCAAUGGAUUUUUCGGUGUACCCGACUGCUGCUAUUCUUUCGAGGAUUUUUUUUUUUUUUUUUUUUUUUUUUUUUUUUUUUUUUUUUUUUUUUUUUUUUUUUUUUUUUUUUUGCGGUGCAUGGAACGUGUGUUGUGCAUGUCGUCUCGGCUUGUCUCCGUUUUUUUCCAAAAAGCUCUUCUACUUCGUUUUUUGCAUUGACGAAUGACGUGCAUCGCGUUUGUGAAUCCCAAAAAGCUUCGUUGCUGCAUUGACGACUGGCAUGCAUCAACAAAGAAAAGAAAGAUGAACUCGCGACUGAUGUGCUCAUCAUGCAACUGUGCAACGAAGACGCAAUCCUUUUAUUUCUUUUCUUUGUUAAGUUCACGGCGAUGACAAUGAUGCCGCGAUAGGUGAAAUGGAAAAAACACGGGCUCAUACAUAAGAAGAUGCGGACGACGAUGCGAUGGCCAUUCACACGUGCGUCAUGUGAUAAACCACACAGAAGACAACGACGACAAGACAUGGAAAAAGCAACACACAUUUCACUGAGUUCAUAUUACAUAAAAUCAAUCGCAUAGGCGACG